GAAGAAGAGUUGUUACCCUGGCAACCCCAGAAAUCUGUCAGCUUUUCACGGGCCUUUGGAACCCUCCAUAGUGUCUUACAGGUGCAAUCCGUCGUACGUUCCUUACUUAAACCCACUUUGGUUGUACUAACGCUUACAUUUUAUACGUUCUCUCUUGACGAUGAGACGUUUAACCACCUAAAUCAUUAAAACAAUAUAUCGAUGUCAAAGGAAACGUUUGAAUGUGUUUGCCUGUAAGACGCAGUAAUAGUGGGAUUCAGACGGUUAACAAGGCGUAACGAAUGUUAGCUUCGGCAGUGUCGAGAGCAGUGACUGAAGAACCGACUUGGAUGUCACUGUCAUCGGAUAUUACUUUUAAAGAAAACGAAUUGUUGCAGAUACCAGAAUGAGCAGUUUUAGUACACCAGGCACACAAAGAGUGCCACCAUUUACAAGGACACCGCUGUUGAGAAUGUCCAAACAAGACCUGGAGAGGGAUUCAGGUUUCUCAGAUGCCAGCUCAGAUUAUCUCAGUGCAGUGGAGGUCACAGACUCGGAAGAUACAGGGAGUAAUGGGUCAAAAAUCGGGCAGGAACCAGCUGGUCAGCAGGUGGCUGUGGUGGGAGCAUCACACCCUGGACUGUCCCCAAUGAUUAUCAUGAACAACUUUGUCCUGAAGCAGCCAUCCUCCAUGGCUCCACCAGAAAAACAGUGGGGCCUUCCUUCAUCAAUGGAAGUGAUGCCCCAAUCCCAAGUGGUCCUUCUUCAGCCAGUGUUAUCAAAUGGCACUAGCUGCUCUCCGAAAGCUGGUUCUGGCAACAUGCACCAGUCAAAAUGCUACACACCUAUCCUCAAGUCAUACCCCAGAAUUGCCCCCUACCCAGUGAAUACACCCUCUAAGAGGGUGGGAACAAGAGUGAGUGGAGCAAUGGGAUAUGACCAACAACAGAGGAGACACCAGAACCGCCAGAGGCUUGACAUCACCUCCAGCCCACUGUCACCUCUCCAGACGCAAGCUCAAGCUGUCUCCAACUUUGAAGCCGCAACCAACAAAGUUCAGGUUGCUGAAAGUCAGGAGCAAGACUUUGACAAAUCUCUGACCGCACCAGCGGAGAGCAACUUGUUGGCGACCUACACGUACGAGGAACUGAGGACUGUACCUGACAACAGCAGCAUGCCUGCAGAGGAAUAUCAAGAUCUCAUCUCCAUGCACAGUAACAAACUGAAGCGUUUCAGCAAUACCUACAACAUUCUCAACAAGUCUGGCCUGCUAGGGAUUACGCUGCGCACAAAGCAACUGAUCAAAGAAAACAAGCGCACCCAGGGCCAGCUGCACCUGCUUCAAGAGCAAACAGCUUUGCUGCUUGAAGCUCUGAGUAGUGGGGAUCCACAGCUCUGGACUAAACUCCAGGUCUCUUUGCAGGAAACGGAAAAGGAGCAGUUCAAGGUUAAAGCUCAGAGUGUCCUAGCGUAACAUGUUUGUGGACAUAACCAGCAGUUCUGAAUCUGGUUUCAGGAGGAUUAAUAAGGAGGUCAUCAGAUGCUGAAUGUUUCACAUCGUUAUGACAAACACAGCUAAGCUUUCACCAUUUUAUCAGCUGGUUGUUGGUGUACAGUGCCUUGCAAAAGUUCACAUACCCCAUGAAACCUUUUUACAUUUGUCACAUAACAACUACAAACUUUAAUUUUCAUUUAUAUUGUAAAUAGAUGUGAUAGACUCACUGAAAGUAACACAAAAAUAGUCCAGUAAAAGGACAUUUAUGGUUUUUAAAAAUACCUGAAAAGUGUGGUGUGAAUAUGUAUUCAGCCCCUUUAAAUAAGUACUUUGUAGAACCAUCUUCUGCUGCAGUUACAGCUGCAAGUUGUUUGGAGUAUGUUUCCACCAGCUUCGUGCAUCUAGAGCCUGAAGUGUUGUCAUAAUAACUCCGGUUCAGUUAGAAUGUAAGGAGAGCAUCAGUUUUCAGAUCUUACAUUUAGGGCUAAACAUCACCACAGCAUGAUGUUGCUACCACCGUGUUUCAUCAUUGGAAUGGUCACGCGUUGUGUUGUUUUGCACAAAGGUCAAAAGGUUAAGUAUUUUCCACGUGCUUGCUGUGUCCUCUACAUCUCUCUUUAGGUGAAGGGCCAUGUCUUAACAGGUCAGUGGUUGUGCCACACGCUCUCAUUUUCUCCUGAUAGAUUGAAUAGUGCUCCAUGAGGUGUUUGGGGCGUGGUACCUUUUUAUAACGCUGCUUUAAACAUUUUCAGAACUUUUUUCCUAAAUCGCCACUGGGUUUUAUCUAGCAAUGUAAGACUAAAAGGCUUGAAUUCAUAUGUACACCAGACAUCUGAGAAUGCCAUUUGUAAAAGAAACCAUAAAACCUUGUAUCAUUUUUGGUUGGACUCCACAAUUAUUCCCUACGUUCUGUGAAGUUUGUUAUAUCAAAUGUGAAUGUUCAGGGGAAACAAAUACUUAUUCAAAGCACUGUAAAUAAUUUGAAAUGUAGAGAUCAGGAAAUUGUUUAGCACUGCUGGUUUACAUGAAUCUGAAGCACAGCCUCUGUAAUGAAUGGGAGUUUGGAAGCACGCUUACAUUUCAAACCCUUGCCUAUAACAAGAUAUCUGCCUCAGAUGUUGCAGCAGAGCUGACUCCUCAGUGUGUAACGUUUAAAUAACGCAUGCCUUACAGUAGAUGACAAGCCAGGUGGAUGUCUAUUGUCUGUCGGACAUCUCUAACAAACCGGUCAACGUGUUUUCUGUUUUCACUAUAUUCUUUGAAUUUCUGGUAACUGCAUGAGCAGAUGCCUUAAGUGUGAAUAGUUAUAAUUUAUGUUCUCAAGCAGCGGUUGAAUUACGCUGGGAUUAAAGAACUGGGCUGAAACCAGCUAAACAUGAUUAGAUUUUGACAAAUGUAUGUGUUUUGUUUUGUAUUUUUAAGUGUUAUCAGCAACAUGCUUUGAAACGGGACAGGCAAACCAAGAUCCUGGUUUAUCAACAUCAGAUUACAGUUUUUUACCUCUUCAUCUUGUCUGAAACGGUUCUGUGUAGAGUACUAUAUUUAAUUGAUGGAUGCAGUAACCAACAGAAGUCACUGAUGCUGGUUUUCAGGAUGUGUGCCUGGGUACAUGCAAUGAUUUUAGCGAUGAUCUGAAUUGUUUUCUUUUUGUUCCUCAUAAUACUCCAAGUCGUUUAAGAGUAGGCACAGCCCAGGCUGGUAAUUCCUUAAAAUGACUUGUAACUGCUGGAAAACUCAAUAGCUUUUUUUAUCCUGAAUAAAUGUAACGUGUUACAUUUAUUCAGGGUUAAAUGUGCGUCAUUAUUAUUGCGAUUGUGUCCCGCUGAACUUGCUCAGACAUGACUUAAGGUACGCAGCAGUAUCUGGUUCUUUUUGACAACAGACACGUCCAAAAAAAAAAAAGAGUUUUUACAGGACAGCCUCAUGUUUCUUGAAAUGAAACCGACUCGACACACAGCUACAGUGUUCAUUUAGCUCAAGUGCUGCUCCUGCUGAGCACGUUUUCAUUCUGAGCCGUCAGCUGAGGUUCAGUGUGACUCCAGUCAAUAAUGCAUGGACUAAAAUCUGCACGGCAUAUUAUUCCGUUUUUCACACACAAAAAAGAGACUGUGAUUUCAAAAAACCAAGCACACAGAUUGUGUGUGCUUGGCUGACUACGGGUUGGGCUGACAUAAAUUCGCACAAUUAGUGUUAUACUGAGGUGGAAAACUUCCAGAAACCAGGGGAAUUUUAGUAAUAUUCCACAUUACAAACUUUGCAUGAGAAUUUGGGGAAAUGUUUUGGAAAUUAUGGUAAUUUAAGAUGGAUGAACCCAAUCAUUAGUUUAAACACUUGUUUUUAUCAUUAAUAGAUAUCCAUGCCAAAUUAUACAAAGAUUUACAAUCAAUCAUUUCUCUGAACUACAAAGAAUAUGAAUUUUGAGUGGAAUAAUGCUUAUCCCCUACCCCAUCCUUUACAAAAAUAAUGAAAUGAUCCAAUAAUAAUAAUAAUUGAAAGCAAAAAGCACCUUAUUUCAGACUUUUCAGGCUUACUUUCUACAUUUUAGUUAAACUCUUUUAGGCACUGUCCUCUUCCUGGACCUCAUCAGAAUCAUCUUAGGGAAAUGCAGCCCCAAUAGUCCAGGGUUCUCUGUGCAUGUACCGGUAGUUGAUGUUGCCUUAAUAUCACUGCAAUAAGCAGUGUGCUAUGCGUAUGUGAUUCUGGAAUAGAAUUGAUAUGCACAAAUGUACUUUUAUGAAACCUUUUUUCUAUAUAUGUUUUUGCCAAGAACGUUGUAAAUAUUUAGAAAGCUUAUCUAAAAUCCAUGUCCAUGGCCAACUUUCAAUAUUUUUAAUUUCAGGUUUCUACCCGUUUAUUGCCAUAAACUCCUGCCAAUUCCCAUGAAAAGUUUCUGACAUUGAAAACUGGAAUUGGAACUUAAACACGGUACGCCAACAGCAAGCCUCAGGAGCUGAGUUUAGUCUGGGACUCGGAUACCGAUCAUCGGUAUUUGGGAUCAUAUGUUGACAUCCUUGACUUUCAGAUCGGGUUCUACCUGAGACUUUGAAGAACGUAGAGAUUUCCCCAAAACAACGCAGAGUUCAACGUUCAAGUUUAAUUAUUUCUUCAAAUCUUUGUCAAUUUGAAAAUGCUGAACCCACUCACCUUUUGUUACAAAAAACAAGUCUCUCUGAUAUUAAAUUUCUAUCCAAUCAAAGCAUUAAAUUUGCAGAUGCUGAGAUGGUUCAUCGGACAUUUUCUCUUUAUUAAGCAUUAGUCAUCUGAUGAUUCUUGUCACUAUCUCAGUUCGUUUCCUGUUAUGGUUUAGUCAUAUGUUUAGAAAAAAAAAUCUAUUGUUUCACCUUGGAAAUGUAUUUUUCUCAAGUUCUAAAUGUAUUAUUUAGAGUCAGUAUUUGUUCUAUGAUUGUGACCAAGAAUUGAGUAAAAAGGUGUGAAUAAUCCUCAGAAGUGGCCUGGAGAAGCUUGCCAGUUUAAUGGUGAAAUUUACUCCUCAGUCGUCUUGGUUUUGUUUAUAACAAUUGAAACUGAACAGAAAUGUAGCAAUGAAAGUGCUAUGGCCAUAUGAAUGUUAAGCUUCUAGGUCUGUUGUUGCCAUCUUUCUUUCUGUAACUUCAUGUUUUAUACGUGUCGGUUUCAAAGGUUUUUUGGCAAAAAGAUGACAGUUGUAGCUCUUAUAGACUUGCACUUUGAUCCCAGAUUUAUUGACCUGACCAGCAAAAUGAGCAUUGUGUAACGAAGAAAUAGUGGGAAUAUAAAUGUUUGUCUUAAUGCCUGUGCCUUUUAUGUUUGCUAAUGUUUGUGCUUUAUAUUUUUGCAUAAUCAGUUUAGAUGUGUACAUUUCUUUAUCAUGUGGAGGGAAGUUGAUCCAGUCAAAGGACUCCAAAGAUUUAUUUUGUUUUAUUUUUUGGAUGAUCUUUUGACAUAUUACUUCCUUCAUAUUUGCCAAUUACAAUCUUUAAAAACAUUAGUUGUAAUUCUGUUUGACCAUUUAAUUGAGUCAUUAGUUUUUGGCAAGGAGUUAAUUAAGUUUAAAAGAGAGUAAGAGGGUGGGAUUUUCUAUUUUUUCUUUCUGUUUUUUUGCCUGGUUUUGUGACGUGCAUUCUGUAUCUUUAUCAAAGCUUCAACUGUUUACGACCAUUUCCUCUUGUUACUUUUCUAGGUAAGAAUGUGUCAUUAAUAAAGAUGGAAAAAGGGAA